AUGGUUGAAUUACACGAUAUUGAAAUGAAAGAAGUUGAUCCAUCAAAUGGAUCGAAUCCAACUGGCACAACAACAAUAUCAAAAGAUGAAAAAAAAGAUGCAAAUACUUUAACAUUUGAUGAUAUUAAAGAACAAGUGCGUACAAUAGAAAAAGCAGUAAAUUCUAAAGAACCUCGUUUUAUUCUUCGUGUAUUACGUGGACUUGCAUCAACACGAAAACGUUUAAAUGAAGAUGUUCUUCGUCGUCUUAUUUUAUUUUAUUAUGGUUCAAAUUCAACUGAACGUGAAAUUCUUCUUGGAUUUGCACAAUCAAUCUCUCAGCCAAUGGAUGUUGAUAUGGAAAAAAUAAGUAAUUCACCAGCACCAGCUACUAAUGAAAAACAAUCUGUAUCUCGUCCUCAAACAUCUCGAGGACGUGCUGCUUCAUUACCGGAAGUUGAUUUAUACAUACAUCUAAUUGUUCUUCUCUUUUUAAUUGAUCGAAAUGCAUUAAAAACGGCUCUUGAUUGUGCGAAACGUUUAGUUGAUAAAACAAGUGUACUUAAUCGUCGUACACUUGAUUUACUAUCAGCUAAAUGUUAUUUUUAUUAUGCACGUAUAUUUGAAUUAAAUAAUAUGCUUGAUACAAUUCGACCAUUUUUACAUAGUCGAUUACGUACAGCAACAUUAAGAAAUGAUUUUGAAGGAACAGCUGUAUUAAUUAAUUUAUUAUUAAGAAAUUAUCUUCAUUAUAAUUUAUAUAGUCAAGCACAAAAACUUGUACUUAAAUCGGUUUUUCCUGAUCAUGCAUCAAAUAAUGAAUGGGCACGAUAUCUUUAUUAUCUUGGUCGUAUACGUGCAAUGCAAUUAGAGUAUACAAAAGCUCAUCAACAUUUAUUAACAGCUAUUCGAAAAGCACCGCAACAAACGGCUAUUGGUUUUCGACAAAAUGCGCAUAAAUUUCUUGUAACGGUUGAAUUGUUACUGGGUGAUAUUCCUGAUAAGGCAACGUUUAAAAAUCCUCAACUUAAACGUUCAUUAGAUCCAUAUUAUCAAUUGACAUUAGCUGUUCGUGCGGGAGAUUUAAGUCGAUUUAAAGAAGUUCUUGAAACAUUUUCUGAACGAUUUCAACAAGAAAAAACUUGGUCACUUAUUAUUCGAUUACGACAUAAUGUUAUUAAAACAGGCAUUAAAAUGAUUAGUUUAUCUUAUGCUAAAAUAUCAUUUUCUGAUGUUGCUCAAAAAUUACAACUUGAUUCACCAGAAGAUGCUGAAUAUAUUGUAGCUAAAGCUAUACGUGAUGGAGUAAUAGAAGCAAGUAUAGAUCAUGAACAAGGUUACGUACAAUCACGUGAAGUUAUUGAUGUUUAUACAACACGUGAACCAAUGAAUGCAUUCCAUCAACGUAUUGAAUUUUGCCUUAAAGUUCAUAAUGAAGCAGUUAAAGCAAUGCGCUAUCCACCAAAGAAAUAUAAUGAAGAUUUAGAAACAGCUCAAGAACGACGAGAACGUGAACAAGAAGAAUUAGAAUAUGCAAAAGAAAUGGCUGAUGAUGAAGAUGAUUUUUAA